CAUUGCAUGUCACCCACGAAACAUUUCAUAAUACGCAUCCUGUCUUAGGGUCGACGCCACCUGGCUCGAUGCCUCUUACAUGCAAAGAAUCAUCAAUGGAUACUUCAAAUAUUUUGAGCCGUUACGUUAUGGCGUGAAUGUUGUAUCGCAACUGGAAGAAUAUCCAGCAACAUUAUUUCAGACGAAUUCGUCAACUCAGCGUCCUUCAGAAAUGGUGGUAUCAACAUCGCUUAAACCGAUUGAGGUUAUGCGAGAAUCUAAAGAAGAGGCCACUACUUCGCACCUACCGCAGAAUGAAAUUCUUACAGCACCGAUGUCUACAGAAGCGCCAAAAGAGGAUAAUUUACAACCCCAAUCACAAUCUGAUGCCGUUGCAGAGGAGUCGACCAAAAAAAUUUUAACUAUGAUAGAAAAAGCUCGUCAACUGCAAAUAAGGCACAGGCUUGAUUGAAAACUUUAAUAAAAUCAAUUUAGAUUCAUGAUUUACGCUGACGACAGACAAUAAAUUUUGCAUUUAAAUUUUUCACACACAUUGGCUGUCAAAAAUCAUCCAAACGUAACGUAAGCUGCAUUCAAUUUGAGAAGCAAUUCCAUUGCCAGAAUGCCUUCUUCAAGAAAACAAUGUAACUAACUAGCUUCUGAAGAUCAUUUCUCAUUGCUAAUUCCAUUGUAGAUUAACCUU